AAGAAGAAAGACACAAGCUAACCUGUCACAACAACCAGCUAGCAUAGUAGCUAACAUUACCCCGAAAAGACAAUUUCCCCUGUCAAAAUGGAAGUAAAUCAAGCGAAACAGGAACACCUACUUGCAUUAAAAGUGAUGCGGUUAACAAAACCGACACUCUUCACAAACCUGCCAGUGACAUGUGAAGAUCGAGAUCUGCCAGGAGAUUUGUUUGAUCAACUUAUGAGGGAGGACCCCUCCACCAUCAAAGGAGCAGAGGCGUUAAUGCUGGGAGAGAUGCUCACAUUACCGCAGAACUUUGGAAAUAUUUUCCUUGGUGAGACCUUCUCCAGUUACAUUAGUGUGCACAACGACAGCAACCAGAUGGUGAAGGACGUUCUUGUGAAGGCCGAUCUACAGACCAGCUCACAGAGGCUCAACCUCUCGGCGUCAAACUCUGCAGUAGCAGAACUCAAAUCUGAAUCCUGCAUCGAUGACGUUAUCCACCACGAAGUCAAAGAAAUUGGAACGCACAUCUUAGUGUGUGCAGUCAGUUACACCACUCAGUACGGGGAGAAGCUCUAUUUUCGGAAGUUCUUCAAAUUCCAGGUUUUGAAGCCGCUGGAUGUGAAGACAAAGUUCUACAAUGCAGAGAGUGACCUCAGUUCUGUGACGGAUGAAGUGUUCCUGGAGGCUCAGAUCCAGAACAUCACCACCUCACCGAUGUUCAUGGAGAAGGUCUCUCUGGAGCCCUCCAUGAUGUAUAACGUCACAGAGCUCAACACGGUCGCGAGCGGAGACGACGGAGAGUCCACAUUUGGCAAAAUGUCCUACCUGCAGCCCAUGGACACGCGGCAGUACCUGUACUGCCUCAAGCCAAAGCCGGAGUACGCGGAGAAGGCCGGCGUCAUCAAGGGUGUGACGGUGAUAGGGAAGCUCGACAUCGUAUGGAAGACUAAUCUCGGGGAGAGAGGGAGGCUGCAGACCAGUCAGCUGCAAAGAAUGGCUCCAGGGUAUGGAGACAUCAGACUGUCUUUGGAGAUGAUUCCUGACACGGUCAACCUUGAAGAACCUUUUGACAUUAUCUGUAAAAUCACCAACUGCAGCGAAAGAACCAUGGACCUGGUGCUGGAGAUGUGUAACACCAGGUCCAUCCACUGGUGCGGUGUGUCAGGGCGUCAGCUGGGGAAGCUGAGUCCAGGUGCCUUCCUCUCUCUGCCCCUCAUGCUCCUCUCAUCCGUCCAGGGUCUGCAGAGUAUCUCCGGAUUGAGACUCACGGACACAUUUCUGAAGAGGACGUACGAAUACGAUGACAUCGCGCAAGUGUGUGUGGUCUGCCCUUACACGAGCAAUGAGUGCUAGGAAUAUUAUGUCGCUUUUUUUUUUUUUUCCGCAUUUUAGAUAUGAAUGGACCAACAGUGGAAUUCUGCACAUAACUCUGACAUUUCACUCUUUUUGCAACCUGAGGGGAUAACACUGUACAUUUUUAAAUUAAUUGUGAAUAAUAUAAAUCACUUUCUUCUGAAAAUAAUGACAUAAAUGUUAAUGAAAUCUCUGGAAUCUUUGAUCAUCAUGGUGUCCAUGGUGGGUUUUGUCAUUAAAAAUGACAUACACAUACAAAUCCCCAUUUUAUUGUAAAGAUUUUAUAUUGUGUUGUUUAAUGGAACUUCUGUCGACUGCACUAAGCAUAUGUUCCUCAAAUAAGAUAUGGGAACAGCAGGUUGAAGAUGCUUCAGCAGCAUGGACCCAUCUCUCUUUCCUCCACCUGUGACUUGUGGGAAAUGGCUGCUUAAAAAGUACCAUUUUCAUCUUAACGUAUCGCGUGAGAUACAUGACAUACAGUUGAAAAAAGGCUCAGUUUCCAGGCUGGAUUUUUAAUAAUGAGUUUUGUUACAAAUGUCGUAUGAGAUUUUAAACCAGGGGGCGGGUGCUACACUUCCACGACGCCGCUGUGGGUUGGGAUCAUAGUCGGGAUAUCAGUGACUAACAUGCUCUAAAAUACAUGCUUGGCCUGCCAAGCUAUGUCAACAAAGCGCAGAGAAGCUUGGAUUACAACAUACACAGAGGAAGAGAGUGACUUCGUUCUCUGCUCAGGUGGCAAUACUCAUAUCUUUACAUUACAAAUAAUAGUUUGCUGCUAUAUCAGUGCUCUGGAUUUGGAAUUUAGCACCUUUCAAAACCCUUCUUGACUCGCAAAAUCCGUCAUCUGUCAAAAUCUCCACCCAAAGUUUGUCACACAGGUCUUCUGUUCUAAAUGAUCAGCCUCCAAGCCCAAGAUGAGGUAACAUGACAUCACCAUGACAUCAUCAGGGGUAUUUCCUCAGAAGUAAUCAUUGGUGGCGUUCCCCUUUAAAGUGUGAGUCUGCUAAAGUGAUUUUAUUGGAUGUCGGGUAGAUCUUGGAAUCAAACUGAUCCUUACCUGUUAUUUAAACAUAGUAUUUAACACAAAGGACAUCACACGUCUUUCAUAUAAUAAUGACAGAAAAGAACAAAUCCAAGCAUGAGUGUGACAGUUCAAUUUCAAGAUAUUUAUUCACAAGUUUUAGACAAAACGUGCUGCCCUAGCAUACCUAUUUGUUUCCAUAAAGCGUCUGAUCUCAAAUACCAGAUUUAAGAGCAUGCAAAAUGAACAAUCUGUAUACUCUGUCACGAGUUAAUCAACAAUUAAAUAUGCUUAAAGGGGAGACAUUUAUUUUUUUCUAAAGUGCAAUAACAACAUAAUGCAGGCCGCAAACACUGCUAUACAUUGACACAGUUGUCUUAAUCAAAAGUUGAGCAGUACUCAAUGAAAAGCAUAAACGAGUAUUAUAACACGCGUAUUCUGUCUACAAAAAUAAUAUUCAACAAGAUGCGAUAUAAAUCUGAUGUGUUCCGGUUAUUGUAUCAGAAAAAGCUGAGAUGUUCCCUGCAAUGCUGUAAAUGUACAUUCCUCCCUCACCCUCUUCAGUGCCAUGACUAGACACAAGGAUCCUUAACUUGAACCAUGAAGAGGACAGUAUUUUCAGCACGUAUAAAACACGAUCUCUGCAGAAAUGUAAAAGCGCUGAAGAAAUAAUUUACUCAUGUUCCCUCAGUAGGCGGAAUGAGUUCUUGGCUCUUUUUAUGAUUAGGUGUUUACAAUGUGUUUUGCCCUACAUGUGUGGGAUGCUUCAUUUCAUGGGCCAGUCUCUAGGCCUUCACCUCUCCGACCCCGGAGUCUUUAGUCACAGUAAAGUGCCUUCGACCCCAUCCUUGUCUCUUCAUUCCAGCUAUGCCGGGGAUUUGAUUUCAAGAAAUGGGUGUAGAGAUUGUAAUUGCGCCGUAUGGUUGCUCUUCCUUGGAAAAAAAAACUGGGGGACUGAAAUAAAAAAUAAUGAAUGUUAAUGAUGCAAAUAUAUUCUUUUUUUUUAAAAAUACAUCAGCUAUGGUUUUUGGUUUUAAAUUAAAAAAAAAAACACCUGAGGAGAUCAUGAGUGCUCCUCGGCGCUGCCGCUGAACGAGCGGCUCCGGAUGUGGUUCCUCAGCUGCUCGAUGAGCUCUGGGUUCUGCUGCUGGAUCUGCUGGGCGAACUGUUGUCCCCUGAUGGAGAGAUGACAGAACUGUGUUUACAAAAGCUCACACAAAGAAAGAUGAGAAAACGCCUGCUGGGGUGAAUAGAACAAGAGGGACUGACCCCGAAUCAAGUUUCUCUCCACUUGAUGCAGGAAUUGUCAGCAGGAAGUGAUUUUUUUGUCCCUUUUUUAUAUUACCGUACACACCUGAUCACUAUCAACUUCCCAAAAUGUUGAAUUACUCCCUUAAUAUCAUAUAUUUAAACAUGUACAGCUCAUAUGAAACUCUCUAUAAUCAAGCAGUCAUUUUAAUCCAUUUAAUUAAGAGUUGAUUGUACUUACGCUUCAAUUAAGCUGGAAAUGUCUGACAGUCCACCCACUCCUGCUGCUGAACCCCCGACUGCAUUGGACAUCAUUCCUGACAUACUGACCGCACAGUGACACGGUGACGGUGAGUCAAAGAAUGUUUUAAAACGUACACUUCACUCUUAAUGCAGUCAAUUCCUUUUAACACUCACAGCUGUUGAACUUGUUGGUUCUGCAUCACGCUCGCGGCCUGUAAACACAAAUCCGAGCUUUAAUCCACUGUGUCUCACAAAUGUAUGAACAGGACAAUUCAUUUCUGAUCACGUUGGCAAUUUUGUGAGAAAAACAAAAACAAUCAUACACAUGCUAUCUGAUUUAGAUGUGUAUCUUGUGAUUUUAGGCAUGCUUGCAGGAGCGUUCUUGGCUUGGCAGACGUUCCGAUGUGUCAAUCGUUUAACGAGUCAGGACUCUCGGGGGCCCGGACACGGCCCUUUCCACUCGACAAUAACUCGGGUGACUAACGGGCUAACUGUUACUCAUGGGCCUAAUUAGGGAAAGUAUCUGGUCUAACCUUAGCAGCGACAAAACAAGCAUACGACAGCUGUCUCUGUCAGCAGUAACCUUUA